GAGACUCUGCAAAGGAUUGUCUCUACUCUAGCGAACAAAAACGAUGAAAUUCACAACUUCAUUGACAUGCUGAAACAUACAAUAAAAAAUGUUCAGGUAAACUCUUCAAAUGCCAUCAGCGAGUUGGAUGAAGAGUUUGAAGGUCUGUAUUCUAUUUUGGAUGAGAUGAAGGGGAGUAUGGCCAACACUAUUCAGCAAGAAGAGGCUCGUAAAAUUCAAGCUCUGCAG